UGAACUUUGCGGUCCGCAUAACUUCUCAUCGUCCUUGCAGACCACUUGUGCAACUUGAUCUUGCAGCACAGGACAUUAAGCAAGACCUGCAUUCAUUCACCUCAUCAGACCUUUCCUUCACCAUUCUCGUGGACAGCGACAACAUCAUCUCACCUUGAACAUGGCGGAACCAAAGGAGACUGGGGUCCACAUGUCCCAGGUCGACGCGGAGCCAUCAAAUGACAACCUGCCGGUCGAGAAGAAAGGCACCCACGAUGACCAGCGCGACAUGUUUCGUAUGGGCAAGAGGCAAGAGCUGAGGCGAAAUUUCCGUUUCCUGUCGAUCUUUGGCUUCUCCAUGAUUCUGAUGGCAAGUUGGGAAACCAUCUUAGGUACCUCCAUUAUCGGUCUCAUCAAUGGUGGAACAGCAGGCAUGAUCUGGCUAUACCUUGUCGCAUGGAUAGGGUUUCUGGCGGUCAACACUUCCAUGGCCGAGAUGGCCUCGAUGGCGCCAACAUCCGGUGGACAAUACCACUGGGUGUCCGAGUUCGCUCCCCGAAAGUACCAGCGGUUCAUGAGCUUCGUUGUCGGAUGGCUUUGCGUCCUUGGCUGGCAAACGGGUGCUGCGAAUACAGCCUUUCUCGCAGGCACUCAGAUCCAAGGUCUUGCGAUCCUCAAUUACCCAGAUUACGUCCCUCAACGAUGGCACGGCACACUCUUGACAUUCGCUGUGGCCACAUUCUCUAUCUUCUUCAACACAUUCCUGGUCAAACGCCUGCCGCUGGUCGAAGGCAUAGUUCUGAUUGUGCAUGUCUUUGGCUUCUUUGGCGUCUUGAUCACCCUCUGGGUUUUGGGUCCACGAGCCAGUGCCCACGAAGUUUUCACUACAUUCAACAACUACGGUGGCUGGAGCAGCAACGGUCUCUCCGCGAUCGUUGGUAUCUUGGCCGUCAUGAUCCCGCUUUUGGGCGCCGACGGAGCCGUACACAUGUCUGAGGAACUGCGCGAUGCCUCGCGUGUGCUCCCACAGAGCAUCAUCGCCACCACCGUGUUUAAUGGCACGAUGGGAUGGAUCAUCUUGAUCACAUUUUGUUUUGUCAUGGGCAAUCUGGACGAUGUCAUCGACUCACCUACAGGACAGCCAUACAUCCAGGUCUUUUACACCGCUACCCAGUCAUACGCUGGUGCGUCCGUGCUAUCGGCACUGGUCAUCUUCAUGGCCAUCUUCUGCAAUUUGUCCAUCACGGCAACGGCCUCUCGUCAACUCUGGUCUUUCGCCCGUGAUCAGGGCAUUCCUGGAGCGUCGUGGUUUGCAUAUGUCCGACCCGGAUGGGACGUCCCCAUGAACUCCAUCUUGGUAUCCUGGGUCGUGACCUGCUUGUUGGCCUUGAUCAACAUUGGCUCAACCAUCGCGCUAAACAACAUUACCUCUUUGUCGCUGGUGGCCAUCUUGUCCUCGUACAUCGUCUCGACAGGCUGUCUGUUCUGGCGACGUAUGUACAAUCUGCCGCUUUUGCCCGCCAAGUUCUCCUUCUCUCGACCACUCGGACUGUUCUUGAAUGGCUUCAGCAUGGUCUUUCUCAUCUUCGCCUUCAUCUUUGCAUUCUUCCCGGGAGACGUCGAUCCUACUGUGGCAGAGAUGAACUGGACUGCGCUGAUCUACGGGGCUGUCAUGAUAUUCUGUGUGGCUGAUUAUUUCUUGCGAGCCCGUCGCGUGUAUGACGGUCCUGUGGAGUACGUGCGGAAGUUGGACUGAGAAGCCACAGUCGACAUCAAACUCUGCCGACGUUGGACGUUGCCAGGACAUUUUCUCUGCGGCAGAGGGUGGCGUGUUUUGUUCUUACCGA